UAUUAGGUAAACGUCAGCUUCCCAUUUAAUUGAUUGUGCGUUUGUUUGUGUGCUUUGGAAUUCUUCACCAGCUGACUUUGGUUGUGUAAAUCAACAUAUUUCUCGAGUGCAUUGAAAAUCAAAUUGCUAAUUGUUAAAUAAAAAUCGAGAAAUAUGUUAACGGCUGUUCGACAAUUGACAAAAAAUCCAGCGGCAAGAAGAUAUUUACAUACCACAAAACCCAAAAAUGGUUACAUUGUACUAGUACCAGAAAUAGGGGAGGAAGGUCAGGCUGGAGAUGUUAUUGUUAAGCCAGAUGGCUUGCCAGCUUUCAAUGACAUAACAAUUGAAAAUUGUUUAGGAGCCAUUGGAAGUCAGGCUGGUGCUGUGGAAAAGUUAGUUAAACGUAUUGAGGGUGAAAUACAGGAUCUCCCGGAAAAUGAGAAAAUUGAUGUGGGUCGUGUUUUUAAGGAAUUGGAUGAAGUCACAGGACCACUCGACACAACAUGGGGAAUUGCAAAGGCUUUGUACUUGGGUAACAGUACAUUGAUACCUACCAAAUCCUAUAUGAACAUACACGAGAGAGCUAGAAAUGCAAGAGCUUCCAGAUUCUGCAAUAAGACAUUAUUUGAAGCUCUGCAAGAACAAGAAUCCGAAGACUUAAAAGAUCCACAAGAAAAACGUCUCUUGCAAAAGUACUUACUGGAGGGAAAACUCAAUGGCUUAAAUUUAAAUAAUGACAGCAGAAAUGGCCUUAAAGAAAUACUAAUGCGAUUGGGUAAGGAAAGAGCUACCUUCAAGAAUAAAGUAAAUGUUUCAGUACACAGCUUUGCCCACAUCAUUAACGACUAUCAAUUAGUAAGGGAUUUUCCCUCAACUCUUCUGGAAGCCACAGCAAUUGAUUCAAAUGCACCCGUAACACAAGGUCCUUGGAAAUUUACAUUGCAACCGCAAAUAGUUGAAGGUUUCCUUAAAUAUUGCCCCGAUCGCAUGCAACGUUGGAACAUAUGGCAAGCUAACACCCGUAAGGCAUCAAACUACAUUGAACAAAGUUUAGAGAAUAGUACACAUUUGGAGAAAAUUCGUGCAUUGCGACGCAGACAAGCCAAAGCUUUGGGCUACCCUAAUUUUGCAACAAUGUCAAUGCAAACUAAAAUGGUCAAAGAAAUUCCGCAACUAAAACAAGUUUUCUCCAAACUUCUGCAAUUUGCUGGUCCCGCCCAAUCUGUGGAAAUUGAGCAUUUGCAACAGUUUGCUACAAAAAGUGGUUUCGAGCACAAAUUGGAGUUAUGCGAUGUUACCUAUUGGCAGCGUAAAUAUUUGUUAUCUGAACACAAGUUAGAUGAAGAAGCUCUACGCGUAUAUUUCCCAUUGCCUCGAGUAUUUUCGGGACUUUUUGCUUUAAGUGAAAAGCUCUUUAAUAUCAAAAUUGUAGAACGUCCAGAUGCUCAGGUAUGGCAACCAGCUGUAAAAUACUUUGAUGUCUUUGAUUGUGAUGCCCCAAACAGCAAUCAUCCCGUUGGAGGUUUCUAUGUCGAUUGUUAUUCAAAAGAAAACAAAUUCGGAAAGAACAAUGGCUGGAUGGUUAGCGUACGUAAUCGUAAUGAUGCAGCGGGUUUGUCGCCAUUGUGCGCAUUGAUAUUUAAUUUCAAUGCACCAGUUGAUGAUAAGCCAUAUUUACUGAAUGUUGAUGAUUUGAAGAUGGUAUUUAAAACAUUUGGAUCUGCCAUGCAACAUCUUUUGACCAGAGCUUCAUUCACCGACUUGGCUGGUUUGUCGGGUGUUGAAUGGGAUGCCUCACAAGUAGCAGGACAUGUUAUGUGCAACUUUUUAGAUAAUCCUACAAUUUUGAAAACCGUAUCCGGCCAUAUUGAGUCUGACGAAGCUUUACCAGACGAUUUGGCUAGAAAUGUUCGCCUACUAAAAACCCACCUGGCUGGUUAUAAUUUAUGCCAUGAACUUUAUCUAUCCGAUUUGGAUAUAGAACUGCAUCAAUCCGAGCAAUUUUGGGCAGAAAUUGUUCGUAAAUUAUGGCCCGUGUAUAGAUGCCUGCCUUUGGACAAAAAAGAUUCACAUCCCUGUUCAUGGACCGAAAUAUUUUCCGGUGAUUGGGGAGCAGCACACUUCAGUCACCUUUAUUCGAAAAUGAUUGCUGCUGACAUUUCCGAUGCAUUUUUGGAGAACUCUACGGAUGCAAGUUCAAUUGGCAAACGUUUCAAAGAUACUUUCCUAGCUUCGGGUAGCACUAUGCCCACCGCUGAAGUAUUCCGUCAUUUCCGAGGUCGCGAUCCGUCAGUGGAAGCCCUUUUGAAGUCAUUAGACAUUUCAACAGAAUCACAAACUUCUGGUGGCUUGUAAAAAAUCCCAUAACAGUCGUCUUCUGUUUAUUAUAUUUCAUCUUAGUUGUUUUUCAAUAAGUUUGUUGUAGUAUAUUUAUAAUAUUGUCACGAAAUUGUAUGAUGUUAAGGGCCAUGAAAUGGAAUACAUUGAAUAAAAUCUAAAAUAUGCGUUUAAUAUAAACAAAA